CUGGGCGAGAAGAUUCAGCCGGAAAGGAAUCAGGAAGCGGUCACCACAGAGGACCACAGUGGACGGGCGUUUUGGCCGGAGCGAGGAAGCGGCUUGAGAACGGGGGGCGAGAUCGAUAGAGAACGAGAGAGGUGUUGUGUCGCGUGGUGUUGCGUUGCGUCGUGUGGCGUCACAUCGGCUGCAGGCAGCUGCGACCUCAUCUGGUCCGCUCCCCCCCUGACCCUUCCCCUCCCUGUAUAUCCCUACACACCCUUAAAACACUCUCACGGUGGGAUUGUACCUGUUUCUCUUGGAGUGUCUCUCUCAUAGUAUACCUCUGCUGACACUGGCAGCCCAGUUUACAGCCCUCUGGGACCGUGGUCUUCUUUUGCCCGAAAGGAAUCGCCCUCGUUUAGAGAUUUCUGCAGUUUUAUUCAUUCUUGCAAUUUUUGCUGUUUUCUUUUUUGUUUCUGUUCCUGGGAGAGUUAUUGGCUGAAGUGCCCAGUGUUUUUUUUCCCUUUGGUUUGAUUUUCUUUUUUUAAAAUUGCCUUUUGUUUGAGUUGUGUUUUUUGACCCUUCUCCCACCCCAUCCCUUUCCUAAUUGAGGCAGCUAUCCCCACUCUCUACCUUAUCCUGGGAGUUCUCUCUCUCUUUCUCUCUGUUACACACGCUGAUAACAGACAGGUUUGCAGCCGCACACACGCACACAAAGAGUAACAAACGCACACACACACACACACACACAAUCACUGGAUGCAAACAGGACUCUCGGAUCCACACAGAACCCACCUGCUCCGCUCAACAGGACAGGACUUUCAGCUCUUGGAGGACAAGAGGAAUAUGACUGCUGAGACUCUCAAUUUCGGCCCAGAAUGGCUCCGUGCACUAUCCAGCGGGGGCAGUGUGACUUCCCCCCCACCCUCCCCCGCCAUGCCAAAGUACAAACUGGCCGACUAUCGGUACGGCCGCGAGGAGAUGCUAGCACUUUAUAUCAAAGACAACAAGGUUCCUGAGGACAUGCAGGAUAAGGAGUUUGCUGCUAUUCUGCAGGAGGAGCCUCUGCAGCCUCUGGCUUUAGUGCCUCUGACUGAGGAGGAGCAGGUUCCUGAGGACAUGCAGGAUAAGGAGUUUGCUGCUAUUCUGCAGGAGGAGCCUCUGCAGCCUCUGGCUUUAGUGCCUCUGACUGAGGAGGAGCAGGUUCCUGAGGACAUGCAGGAUAAGGAGUUUGCUGCUAUUCUGCAGGAGGAGCCUCUGCAGCCUCUGGCUUUAGUGCCUCUGACUGAGGAGGAGCAGGUUCCUGAGGACAUGCAGGAUAAGGAGUUUGCUGCUAUUCUGCAGGAGGAGCCUCUGCAGCCUCUGGCUUUAGUGCCUCUGACUGAGGAGGAGCAGGACAUGCAGGAUAAGGAGUUUGCUGCUAUUCUGCAGGAGGAGCCUCUGCAGCCUCUGGCUUUAGUGCCUCUGACUGAGGAGGAGCAGACACUCAAUGGCGGUCCUCGUUCGGCGGGCUGGCGGGAGCACCCUGGCGAUGCCCGGCGCAGGAAAUACGACUUCAAUUUCCCGGAGGCUGGCGAGGGUGGGCGUCGGAGGGCGGGCAGCGAAGGCCUGGACGAUGACCGUGACAACCUGCCCGAGUGGUGCACCGACGAAGAGGAUGGCGAAAUGGGCACCUUCGACUCCUCCGGCGCCUUCAUGCCCUUGAAGAAGGGCUCUAAAGACCCCAUUCAUGAGGAGCAGGAGUUUGAGUUCCAGGGCCUGGAGGACGAGGAUGACGAGGUCAUGGCCACCGCCAGAGAGGAGGAGAGGAACAGCAGCAGCGAAGGGGAGAGACUGGACAAAGAUGUGAAAGAAGCCUUGGCUGAGAUGGAGGUGAAGCCUGUCUCCCCCUCCUCCCCUCCCUCUCUCCCCUUUUCCUCUAUGCCUGCACCACCUGCUCCUCUCUCUGAAUCUGUGACUGCUCCCCCUGCUGGUCUGGAAGAGCCGCUGCAGCCCACCAUCAGCAAGAACACCACUGAAGAGGCAGCUCCACAGCUCAGCCCCCCUGCCAGUCUGGCUCCGCCCCCUUCCUCAGCUGCUAUUCACCCCCCACCACCGGGGGGUGACACCGAGGAUGACGAGGGCAUGAAGCACCUGCAGCAGGAGGCUGAGAAGAUGGUGGCGUCUCUCCAGGACUCGUCGCUGGACGAGGAGUGUUUCACCCAGGCGCUGCAGGAGAGUCGGAACACGGCGUCCGCACUGCCCCUCUCCCACGAGGCCGCCAUGAAGUGGUUUUACAAGGACCCGCAGGGAGAGAUCCAGGGUCCGUUCACGACAGUGGAGAUGUGCGAGUGGUUCCAGGCGGGCUACUUCUCCAUGACGCUGCUGGUGAAGCGAGGCUGUGACGAGGGCUUCCAGCCUCUGGGCGACGUCAUUAAGAUGUGGGGGCGCGUGCCCUUUGCCCCCGGACCCUCGCCGCCCCUUCUGGUCCGACCACAACAACAACAACCCCCCCCAGCACGCCAGCCUGCAGCCAGGGCCAACACCGGGAACAUGGAUCAGGAGCGCCUAAAGAAGCAGCAGGAGCUGGCGGCUGCAGCAGCUCUCUAUCAGCAACUCCAGCAGCAACAGCUAUUCCAGCUCAUCAACAGCAGGUGUGGCGAGCAGGGUAUGAUGCCUUCGAUGAACAGGUCAAUGUCAGUGCCAGAUACAGGGUCCAUGUGGGACAUGCAUACCUCAGCCUCACAGCCGACAGGCGGUGAGGCCAGUCUAUGGGACUUAACAAUGAAUUCUUCAACUCAGGGUCCAACUCUUGAACAGCUUCAAAAGUGUCGUCAGCAGCAGGAACUGAUCAUGAAGCUGCUGGCGCAGAGCCAGAGCCAAGGGGGCCCGGCGUCGGGCUCCGGCUGGUCCGGAGGCUCCACCGCUGGGCUGGGCAAGCCAGGCAAGGCCCUGGGGCUCCUGGAGCUGCAGCAGGAGGCUGAGAGGGUGAAGCAGCAGCAGAGAGCCCAGCAGCAGCGUGAGAGGCAGCAUGCGGGCCUGAUGUCGGGGCAGUGGGGGGAGGGGGCGGGCUCUCUCUGGGCCAGUGGGAGUGGCCUGGAGGGGAAGUCUGGGGCAGGGGGCGGAGUGUCUGGCGCCAUGGGCAUGUGGGACGAGGCGCUGAAGAGCCAGGCUGGCAUGCGGGGUAUGAGCCACAAGAACAGCAGCAGGAGCAGCCCCUCACUCAGCGAGCGUGAGCAGUAUAUGCUUCGUCGUAAGCGCACAGAGGAGGAGGAUAAGCUGCUGAAGCUGUUGCAGGGCAUGAAGCCUCAGGACGGCUUCACCACGUGGUGUGAACAGAUGCUGCACGCGCUCAACACCACUACCAACAACAACGCCUCUUCGCUUGAUGUGGCCACCAUUGUGGCAUACCUGAAGGAGGUGGAAUCUCCAUACGAGGUGCUGGAUUUCAUCCGGUCCUAUCUGGGGGACACCAUGGAAGCCAAAGAGUUUGCCAAGCAGUUCCUGGAGCGCCGUGCCAAACAGAAGGCCAACCACCAGAGGCAGCAGCAGCAACAGCUCUCCAAGGAGGUGGCUGGACUGACCAUGAACAACUUCGCUCUACAGGAUUCCAUGCGUGGCGUGACCCCCAGCGCUCUGCAGUCCAUGUUCCAGGCGGCCCAUGCCGGGAAAGGGGGCAUGGCCUACGAUCAGGCCGCCAAGCUGAAAAAGAAACAGCCCAUGAUGCUGCAUUCUGACCCGAGCAUCCUUGGGUACUCAUUCCAUACUGCAGGGGAGCGCCUGAGCCUAAAUGAGAUGGAGAUGGUGGAGGAUUACUGAUCUACAGCAAUAGCUACCUGAGGCCUUUUUUCUAUGUAACAAAAACAACAACAACAAAAAAAAACAACAACGUGGUGCCCAAGUAAUCAGACACCCCGAUGACCAAUGUGCACUGCUGUGGGUUGGGGGGG